AGCGCUACCAAAAUAACAAGGAGGUGUAGUGAUAUCAAAAUAAUAACUCUAGCAAAAAAAAUGCAAAAGUAUUCGCCAAAUUUUUGCAUCAACAAGGUACUCAGCCCCCCUGAGCCCCCCUAGAGCCACACCCCUAAACGGAAGAUGUUGUUGAAACUGAUAUUUUAAUGUGCAAAUCUUUGUGAUGAGGAUCUUUGAAAGAGAGCUCUAUAGUUUUACUCCAUAGAUUCAUUGAUGGUUUUUGUUUACCAACACUUUAUUUGCCAUUUUAAUAAAAUCAUGCUGAUCCAGGGACCACAGAUUCGAAGGAGGCGUGAAAAUAUUUGUAGGUUGGGGGCUUAACAUGCAAAGCCCAGAAGCAAGAUUCAGAUUAUCUUUGGUUUUGAAAUUUUGAAAUAACCGCCCCUUGAAUGAAUCAUCGAAAUUGAAAGCCUUUUGAUCAGCGUCGCGUGUCAUUGUGUCGAGGGGCGGUUAUAUAUUCAUGUUGCGCGGUUGAUGUCAACAACUGAGAAAAGCUCUUGGAAUGGAAUGGAGAGGUAGAAGAACAUUUCCAGUUACGGAAAGCUUGCAGGUUCCACUGUAAACGUUCUGCAAAAGAUAUUUCGAAAAUUCCAUGGAAGGCAAAACCACAAUAAGCUAAGCAUUGUUUGUCCAAUGUCGGAUAGACGUCGGGUAUUGACAUGAAGAAUGCUGAGUAAUGGUCAGAGAGACACUGGAAAUACUAAUAACAGAUUUGAUAAAAAUCCACGGGCCAAUUGGUUCUGAUUUGCUGCCAGUCAAUGCAGGCAUACUUAAAUUGAAGAGUGCUUCGCUUCUGAAGAUAUCUUUGCAAUGGAGCUCACAGGAAUCAUCUUCUGCAUCCUUCUGAUUGCGCAACAGAAUUUGCUCAUUUGCAACGGACAGCUGCUAGCGUUGAACGUAACACUGAUACCACCCAUUCCUGAACAUUCAGUUAUUACUUAUGCACGUUUGAAAGAACAAAAUCAAAGCAGAUCUCACUCGUAUAACAUAGAGAGUAUCCGAUCAAGCCUCUUUGAUGCCACUCACAAAAUCCUACCGGCAUAUACAGCUUCGUGUCCUUCCUACUUCGAUACCUUUAAAAUGCCACUCUAUAUUGACAACUCUAUUGGAGAUCUUAAAACUUCACCCUUCUUUAAGGCCAUUCCGGGUGAAAUAUUAACCGUCACAGUGUCCGCACUUGAUUCUCACCGCACGCGCCAUUUCGCUACGCUUACUAUUAACAUACUGUGCUCUUACAAUGUUUCACAGAGAUUUAUCUCCAGUUUCGAAAACGAUUCUAGUUGUAUUAGAAAGUCUAGCAGCUUUAUGCUAGCAAAUCCUAACUUGAACGCCACAUAUAUGUUCCAGUUUCCGCAAUCGGCAUCAUUUAAAGAUGUAUUCUAUAUCGAAGUCUUCAAGGCAAAGAUACCUUAUAUUUUUAACGUGUCAAGGAGCAUCAUUCUAUUCUUUAACGUCUCCUGUGAUUCGAGUAUCUCAGCAGAGACACGUUACCAAAACGCCACACUAAAAAGGCUGACUUUAUCCGCAUAUAAAAAGGAUCACUCUGUCCGGAUACCAAUCCCUGGAACGUUAAUUAAGCCGCAAUGUAGGUUAGAUGUAGCCAUAUUGCCAUAUAUAGGCUAUUCAAGAUCAAAUGCGACGUACAGUGAAAUUAGCGCAUUUGAUAAAGCUUCUCCUCCCUUUACUCCGUAUCACAAGGAUGCAUUGCGGAUCACGUGGUUAUCAAAUGUCAGUGGUCCGUGUGGAAAUCGAAACUGUCUUGUACAAUUUUCACAACCAUCUAUAAAUUUAGAUGCAGACCGAGGUUGUCCUUUGGAUGCAGACAGAGCAUGCCUUGACGUGGAGACUUGGUACAACAAUUGUAAGGCCAACCUGACACUGGGUUUAAGGACCAUGUCACCUACUUUGGUUCGGUUGUCUUCCAGUGCAAGCGUCAUGUUCCAGUGCUCUUAUUCAGCUAUUUUUCAAGAUCAAUCAAAGUUUCACUGGUCGAAGGACGGGCAAGUCAUAAAACCAGCCAAAGGGAUUCAGCUUCUUAAUGCCGUGGAAGGGCAAAACGUCCUAAAUUUACUUGCGUUUUCAGUUGAACGUGUGGAACAACAAGGCUAUUAUUACUUUCACCUGAAAACAAAGUAUGGUCAUCAGGUGUCAUCGAGAAAAGCUCUUGUCUUGAUUGAAGAUGUUUCCUUCAUAAAGUUCAUAUUUACCGGAGAAUCUAUUCUCAGCAAAAGUAAGGAGGACGCUUUGUUACCUGAAAAACUCACUGAAAAGACCAAAUCAUGGUUAUCUACGAUUGGGAUUGAUCCAAACAAAACAACUUCCUCAGGGACAAGCUUCAAGUACAAUACAUCAAAGUCAGGCGCAGAAUUCACCGUUACCAUAUUCUCUUUAAACGCGACACAAAGAUUAAAAGUUUGUGGAAACCUGAAGCAUAUGUAUGAGUUGCUGUCUACUUCUUCAAAACUGGAAAUUAAAUCGUUUGAUUGCUGCCAGUCUGUCAACCAUGAGGAGAACAUACAGUGGCCAAUCACGCUUGUUAGCCAUACAGCUGUAGCCCCAUGUCCGUACCGCGAUCUUGAGGAUUCUAGAGUUUCCAUGGCAACGAGAAAAUGCGUCUGGAAUUCUUUUAAUGGUGCACUUUGGCUGCAGCCUGACAUGGAAUCUUGCCCCAAGAAGAUUUCCACACUCAAUGAGCUUGCAAAUAAAACAUUCACUGCAAGAAAUGUCUUAGAAGCUUCAGAGAUGUUCUUAAACCUAUCACAAGGACAUUCCAACAAAUCAGAUAUUUUUAUUCUGGAGAAGAAAGUUGCUGUGAUAAAAAAAAUAGCUGAUCUAGAGACGGUUCAGCCAAAGGUAGCCAGCAAUGUAUUGACCGUUGCAAGUGGCGUAUUGGAUGCAAACCAGAGAGUGCUCGCAAAAGGUCAACGAGAUCUUGGUCUCUGUAGAAAACUUUUGGUUUCAAUACAGCAAAUUGCGAACAAGCUCAACUUUUCCGGCACAAACACGACCAUCGAGACAAAAAACAUAGCACUAGCUGUCGCAAAAAUAAGUAGUGAUAGCAACGCAAGUAUCCUUGUGAGAGCGUGGAAUGAUCAGCAGACAUCCAAGAUUGAAGUCUUGUCAGUUACAGAACUGCUCGAGCAGGGGCCAUAUCAAACGUCACUCUUUCUACCUGCAGCCACCAUUAAUAAAGCUACCUCGAUUUCAAACACAAGUGACCUCCGUUUCACUAGCGUCCAGUACAAUAAUGCGAGGCUUUUUACAACAGUUCACGGCAACAGAGGCUCUAGAAACUUCGGCACACAAAUGAACCCCGGUCAUAAAGCUACAAGCACACAGCCAAAAAUAUCUCGCGUUGAUUCCAAAAUAAUUUCAGGAUCAAUUGUUGGUGUGAGGUUACGUAAUCUUGCUUUUGCUGAAGAAAUCAAACUUGGAUUUCGCCAGCUUUCCAGUUCAAAAUCGAGAUCCUUCCACAAUCAAUGCGUUUAUUGGGAUUUCAACGCAAAAGAUGGAAACGGCGGUUGGUCAAGUAAAGGCUGCAGAGCAAAUGGAUCUUCUAACAGCAUUUACUCAUGUCGAUGCAAUCACAUGACGCACUUUGGUGUUUUGAUUCAAGUAGACCAGAGUGCAAAACCAUUAUCAGAAAGACAAAAAACAUCACUCAGUAUCGUCACUUAUGUCGGCUGUAUUAUUUCGUUUAUAUGCCUCUUGCUCACAUUAGCCACAUUUGGUUGUUUCGAGAAUUUGCGACGAAAACAGCCUUUGCAAAUCCACAUGUUUCUUUGCUUCUCGUUACUGCUUACAAUCACUACAUUCCUUGCUGGUCUUCACUCAAAGGAUCGAACUUCAUGCAAAGUUUUUUCAGCACUGCUACAUUUCUUCGUGCUGUCUUCAUUUUGUUGGAUGGCUGUGGAAGGCAUAAGCUUAUAUCUUUAUUUGGUUAAGGUUAUGAGAUCGGCAACUCUCUCCAAGCUCAUCCGGAACAGUAAUCUAUUUUGCUGGGGAUUACCGGCCAUAAUUGUUGGUAUGACCGCAGGUGUGACCAAGAUGGAUGCAUAUGUUAAAAUGCUUGCAGAUGGCAGCUUGAUAUGCAUCAUCAGGGAAAUGCCAUUUUAUAUUGCCUACUUGCUGCCUAUAAUCGUCAUAAUGCUGAUGAACUUGGUAAUUUUGGCAUUGGUAAGCAGGUCUUUGAUGCGCGAUCCUGCAAUUUCGAAAACAAACAGAAUGACAAAGGUCACUAAAGUACGGAUCACGUUUGGCUGUUCGCUUGUUAUGGGUACGACGUGGAUAAUCGGUCUAUUUGCAGUCGGUGUUUUCACCUUCACGUUUCAGCUAAUAUUCUGUUUGCUUAAUUCAUUCCAGGGGCUAUUUAUAUUCAUAUUUUAUUGUGCAAUGUCUAAGGAUGUGCGUAAAGAAUGGGCCAAGUUCUUAAAUGUGGAACAGAAAUUGACAUCAUCAAAUACACCUGGAGUUAUCAUUAAACCAAGCAACAGCAGAAGCAAGAAGACAAAAGAUGACAUGGUUAAUAUGAACACUGGAUCGGAUGGUGUCAAAGAACGCAAAGUUGUGAAGAAAUCAGAUGAAAUUGAAACAAAAGGUGUGCUGUUUAAUUUCAAGGAAUGCAAAGUUGAUUUGCCAGGUGACGAGACAGUUGUUCUGCUUGAUUUUCGACCAACUUCUAGCAUUAAAAGGUGAUUCAUUGAAUACUCCGUGUAAUAAACACACAAUAAAAACAAUUACCUGUGCAUGCUUAUGAGGAAAAAUUAUUAUCAUGGCCUCCUUUUCACUUUGAGGCUCGUUGUGCACCGAACCUUUAUAUUGCUGCUGACGACAAAAUUCUUUGAGUCAUUGUCUGCAACUUGUACGUCGUCUACAGCAUGGCAAAUGGCAAAAAAUAUGUUAACUUGCUAAGGAGGUACUAAAAUAAGUUCAAAUGAAUAACAGAUGUAGCAGUGAAUUUUAUCAUUUAGAAAGGCCUGUUUGAUCCGUCAAUUUUAUGUAACGACGUCUUGAAGCUUUCACGUGCCGUUAAAUAGAUCGUAUCGAUUUCACAAACUGCAGCUUGCCGCGUGGAUUAAUUAAUUUUUUAUUUUAACAUUUACUAAAUAAGAGGUUUUAAACAUCAAGAAUAAGCUAAAUUUGAGUAUGUAUUAUUUAUUCAUAUAAUGUAAUAUUUUAAAACUGUAUAUUAAAAAGGUUUUAAGAUUCACGAUUUUAGUUAACAUAAAUGCACCUUAAAUUGAACUGACGCUUCAAAUUGUUUCUCAAGUGAAAACUGUCCUCUAGAUGAGACAGAACCAGACUUAUCACCAAGGCAGUGUCUCUGGUGCAGUUCACCACAAAAUUUUCCUGAUUUUCAUAUUCCUUAAAGUUCUUUUGUGACCUUUGUUUGCAGUACAUCACUAGUUUAUACUCGCUCGUGUUUUGGACAGUUAAAUGAUUUAUACGCUCAGAAGAUCUUUUAUCUUCUAAAUAUGAGAUUGGAAUACAGCGAUUCUUUUUAGUUUAAAAAGAGGAACCUUGGUCCAUAGAAUGAUGGGGUGACAAAGACGGAUGGCCCAAAUAAUAAUAUUGAGGAUUAAAAUGAAUAUUGUACGCUUUACCACCCUAAAAACAUAUAUAACAUAUAUUUUAUGUUAUAUCCUUUGUAUGUUAUAUUCUUUGCCAUGUCCUUUCAAGACGUGGGCGAUCAUGGCUUUCCAUAGCUUCCUUUCAUUUGCUCUUUUUAGCAGUUCUUGUUCUUUUAUUCCCCCUCUUUGUCCUUCAGGCACAUGUUCUGCCAUCCAUGCGCUCAAACUAGUCAAGUACUUUAUCCGUGAUCUUCCUCUGCUUUUCUUUCCUUCAAUGCUUCCCGUGAUAGUUAAAUUCUCCAAGCUCUCUUUCCUCAUAACAUGCCCCGAAAAUUCCAACUGCCGCUUUCUAACUGUUUGCAGCAGUUUCCCUUCAGUUCCUAUUUUCUUUAGAACUUCUUCAUUUGUAACGUGGUCUGUCUAUGGAAUCUUUAACAUGCGCCGGUAAAACCACAUUUCAGCUGCUUCAAGUUUGCUCCUCAAAUGUGCUAAGAUUUUCCAGCAUUCACUCGCAUAUAGAAGAUUGGUCGUUACAUACCAGUCCAGCACUCUUUUCCUUGUUUUAAUUGUCAUCUUGUCAUCUUUAAUUGUCAGAUUUGUCAGUACCUUACUUGAUUGUUUGAAAGCAUCUUUCGCUACACCAAUGCGUCUCUGGAUUUCUGUAUCACACUUUCCGUCCUCAGUCAACAUGCUUCCCAGAUAGCUAAAGUUUUUUACCUGCUUGAUUUUGAUUUUGAUUUUGACCAAUUUUCAACUCACGCUUUGGGCUAUCUUUUCUACUCACGACCAUACAUUUCCUCUUUUUUCAAUUGAUAGUUAGCCUCAAUUACCUUGCCUAAUAGUUAUUUUAUAUUUUCUUCUGAAUCUGCUAUCAACACCUUGUCAUCUGCAUAGCGUGUUCUGUCCACCUACGACAAGCCCUGGUAAAUCUUCUAGUUCUCUCAGAAUCAUUGAGAAUCAUCGCUGUAUAAGUCAAACAAAUCAUUCGAAAGAACGCAUCCCUGUCGCAUUCCUCUCUCUAUUCUGGUAUAUUCAUUUUGAUCGUUGUCUAUUUGCAUACAUGCUGUUUGUUCCCAAUACAAGUUGCGAACUAUUCGUAUGUCUUUGCCAUGUAUAUCAAGCUUUCCUAACACUUCUAGCAAUUCUUCAUGUUGGACUUUAUCAAAUGCUUUUUUGUAGUCAACAAAACACAAAUAUAUGUCCUCCCGCAUUUCUAUUGCACGCUCUGAUAACAUACUUACCAUGCUGCAUAGAUUCCCAAUAAUGUUGUUGCUAGCUUGCAACCUUGGUUGUCACUAAUAUUGUACUUAAAAAACUGGGGUAUGACGGCAUUAUCAAUGAGUGAAGCUUGCAACCUUGGUUGUCACUAAUAUUGUACUUAAAAAACUGGGAUAGGACGGCAAUAUCAAUAAGUCAGGUUUUUACUUCUGUAUGUAAUUUUUUUUUGAUAAUUUUGGCGGGCAGCCUAGCGUACCUAGAACAAGGAAAUGCAGCUCGCGAUUCACAGUAUCAAACGUUUUGUGAACUCAGCAAACACUACAUGUAACCUACUACGUUGUAAUCUUCUAAGCUGUUUUUAUCCUGCUAAUAUUCCUUCUAUGGUUCUUUUCAUGUUACGUAAGCCUGACUGUGAUUGUACAUACGUAAAUUCUGUAAUUAAGUCGUUGUAGAGAGCUGUGUGCUGGUUCGCUGAUUGUAUGCUACUCUAUAUCAUAAGUAUUCUGAAAUUGACUUUAUAUUAUAUAGUUUGAAAAAUCAAUUAAAUGUUCGCCACAUCUAUUUCUAUGGAAUCUGGUGCGGUCAGAAGCUCACCAUCCUUCUUUUGCAUUGAACGAAAUCUUGAACCAUGAAUUGUUUCAAAUCGGUGUAGAAAUGUUUGCAGUUCUUUUUCUCUUUAUAUGUUUCUGCUUCUUCUGCGUUUUAUAGCGUCUCUUAAGCUUUUCGCCUUCCGGUAGAUUUCAUACUUUUUUCAUCAAACAAGUCGUUAUGCACUCUUUUCCACUUUCUAAACAUUUGUGUAGCUGCUGCUUGAAGUUCUUCUUGAGCUCCCCAAAAUCGACUUCACAAAACCGGCAUUUUCUGAACUAGAAGUCAUACCAGCUUUAUAUUUGUUCGUCACUCGUCUCUGUUCUUAUCUUUUUUAGAAUUUGUUAACUUUUUGCUGAGGUUUGUAGAGAAGGGAAACUUAGCAACGAUCGAAUUAUGAUUUGAUAAGUAGUCAUCUGCUCUGGUAAAUAUUGGAUGGUCAAGCUGUUGCCAGCGUUUUAAACAUGAUUUUUCAUGUGUUCUCCGAGCUAUCCUUUCUGCCCAUUUUACCACGUUUAGUUCUGGUGCAGAACUUCAAUAUUAAGCACUUAUAUCUACAGGGCUCAUAGGCGUAACUUAAAAAGAAGAUGCCAAUAGAAUUCAUUUUUCCAACACCAUUUUGGCGGAGGACUUUUGACAAUGAUUUCAAACCUUUGCCUAUACCAGGGGUAAACGACCUUUUUUGAGACUGGACCAGAUCCUUCAAACCGUUUCUUUAAGUUGGCCAAAGAUAAUAAGAAAAAAAUACAAUCUUGUGAUAAAAUCAAAAAAAUAACAAUAAUCAAAAUAUUUCAUUUAAAUUCAAUUACACUACAAUUUCAAACAUCUUUUUACACAGACAGUUGUAACGAUAGAUAAGACUGUUACAAUCGUAAA